UAAUGUAGUUAACUAAUGCAACCUUAUUGUAAAGUGUUAUAUUUUAACUAUUGGCAACAUAUUAGAGGUGUCAUUACCUACAACAGCAAAUUAUCAACUACCAGUGACUGGAUCGAUCGUUGGAUAACAUUAACUAAAAUUGACACCAGUCUUUUCUGAGGCAGAUCAUAUAAUGUUUAAUUUAAGAUUUCAAAGACUUGCACUUAAUAAAUAGUUCACUGUAAGACCAGCAGCAUGCACUGAUAGAGUAAACAGCAUCAGUGUUGAUUUCAGUGACAGAAUCCCUAGUAAUAAUGCACUGCGGUUGUGUAUUUCUACAUUUUCCACACUCUCCUGUUUAAUUCCACAUUCCAGACACUGUACGUCAUCACUGCCAUUGUCUCUCAAUGCUAAUAUUGGAGAAAGCGCGUGUGGCCGUCCUUUGGUCCUUUUCGUCGAGCUGCCUCUUUGACGAUCAAUAGAGCGACAUCAUUCCAGCGUCAUCUCCAUGGAAACCAUCCUGCUCCACCGCCGGGAUUGGCUCCCUCCCAGAGCCUGCUUGAGUGUGAUUGGAGGACCCCCCCCAACCUUUCUCUCUCUCUCUCCCUCCCUCGCUCGCUCGCUCAGCCACACGCUCUCCUCCUCUUCAUCUUAAUGUUGUUAUCUUACCAAACACACAUUUAGGCAGAGCACCGAGAUCCAGCGUGACCGCUGAAGCAUCACUGAAAACCAGGAUCGCUAUAUGAACUGGCACAUCCGAGCUGAGGAGAUGAUAAGCAUGAGAGGAUGGCGCAAUGAGCCGAGUGUAAAUCCAGUCCGUGGAGAGAGAGGAAAUUAAGAGACCUGUUAGAAAAUAAGACGUCAUCUUCUGCGUUGGCUUCAAACUGGUCUUUAUACAAACCGGUUGUCUCUUUUUCUCAGUCUUUGAGUCUUUUUUAUCAACAGCAGGAGGAAGUCGAGCAAUAUAUGGAUGACGGCAACACGCUGGGACUGGAAAUGCAUUUUUUACAAAACAUUGACAUUUCUGCGUUUUAUGUAAUGGGGGUGUUAUUUGGAGAGCGAUGCACUUGAGCUCGGUAAUGUCUCUUUAAGAAUUUGCAACAGCUGUGCUGCUUUUUUGCAUCUUGACUUGCAUUAAUGAAUUGUUUUGGGUCAUUGAUAAGCGUCUUAUUGCUGUGCAUUUACAAGCUGGAGCAGAAGAGCUUUUGCCUCUAGAUGAAGCGUUUCUUCAAGGCUUGGAAGAUUAUAAAAAGUGUUGUUUUUCCUCCAUGUCUUUAGUUGCGAACAUACCCUUCUCGAGACAUCCUUGAAACCCAUCUUUGCACUCAUAAACGGAGUAAUGUACGACUUAUGUACUAGGCCAGACCCCCCCGAACCACCUCAGCACGGUUCACCCACGCCGGAGAUGAGUAGCGGUGGACCCGAGUCUCCGGCUGGACCCGGGCAUCCCGACAGAGCAAAGCCAGAGGAGCGAGCGCUAGCGUCAGAUGCAUUGAGCGAGAUGAACCUGGGAUCCUCCACCACGACUAAUGGAAACGGCAGCGUGACUUUGCCAUCCGCUGUUCUGUGUAAACGGCAUCAUUCUCUCUAUGAAGGGCUUAACGGAUGUGAGGCGGGAGGCUUCGGAAAGAAUGGCAGGGACUAUGGGUUCCUGGUGCGGCAGAACUCAGAGCUGCUGCGGGCGCUGGAGGAGAUGGAGAAAUCAUGCAACACUCUCAGAGAGGAGAACAAGAUACUGAGGAAGAGCAGUUCUCCAGAGACGGAGGAGAAAGUGAAGAGGUUGAGGAAGAAGAACACCGAACUCGCUGUCAUCGCCAAACGUUUGGAGGAAAGAGCGCGGAAACUACAGGAAGCCAACCUGAAAGUGGUCAAUACUCCGAUGCCGGUGAAAGCGGGCGCUGUGGAGCAGUACAAGCGUGCGUUUGCCCGUCAGAGAGCCAGAGACCUGGCGCAGCACGCAGACACACUGCUGUGUAAAGACAAACAGAUCGCAGCGCUGCAGCAGGAGUGCAGACAGCUGGAGACACGGCUGGGACAGGGGAAGGGUCCUGUGGGAGUCAGUGAGUUUGAGCGUCUCCUGAAGGAGUCUCAGAAGGAGGUGCUGCGUCUGCAGAGACAGCUGUCUGUCACCUCCACCAGAGACCAGAGCAUUGUGACGGCAGAAAACCCUUCAGAGAAUCAGGACCGAGACAGCAGGGUUGCGUUUGAAACCCCGCCCACAGUAGUAGAUGAGGCCCCUGUUAAGGGGGAGGAGACUCCUGCAGAGGGGGAGGAGUCAGAGACUCAAGUGAAGCCCGAACAGGUCACAGGCUCCACCCACCAGGAAGAGCAGACCACAGAAGAGCGUCUUCAGUUGCUGGAAAGUGAGUUGGGCAAGAAGAGGAAAGAAUGUGAAGUUCUUGAGCAUGAGGUGCGGAAGAGACAGAAACGAUGUCUUGAUUUGGAGAACCAGCUAGUGGACGAGCGCAGCAGAAAUGAGCACUUAGUGGAGGAGGCAGAACUCCUCAGGAGAAAGGCUCAGCUGCUCGACCAGUCGCAGGCUGAAAAUGAGGAGCUAAAGGAGCAGCUCUGUGUUUUGAACGCUCAGCAUAGUUCAGUUCUGGAGGAGAACCAGCGACUCCGUGCAAAGCUGGAGAACCUAGAGCAGGUCCUAAAGCACAUGCGAGAGGUCGCUGAGCGCAGGCAGCAGCUGGAAUUGGAGCAUGAGCAGGCACUGGCUAUCCUCAAGUUCAAACAGGAUGAAAUCAAGCGACUCCAGCGGGCUCAGUUAUUUGCAAAAAGGGAACAUGAAGGUGUCGUGCAGAUGCUGGAGGAUCUGGUGCAGCUCGUAUUGCACAGAGAGCUGGCAAAAGUUCGUGAGCUGGAGGAGAAAUGCCGCAGUCAGAGCGAGCAGUUCGGGAUGCUGUCACAGGAACUGGACAAAUUCAGGGUUCAGGCCUCAAAGAUCGACCUGUCGGGCCCCAGCCUGACCCAGCUGACCAAUGGGGUCGGCCUGUCCGGCACAAAUGCCUCAUGGGAAGACAUCACAUUCUGGAGUUUGGAGGGUAAUGAAGCCCUCUGUGACACCUCUGAGUCUGAUGUGGCUGCGGUUUUGCGGACGGGCUCCACUCCACACGCAGCUGAACUGUCACGUCCCGAACGCUCACCGAACGUCAAACACAGAGAGCUGCCUGCCAUCAGUGUGAAGUCCGGCUCCACGUCCAGCCCUACGCCACCCAGAUCUGAGACAACUCACCUCUCACCCAAAUCUGCUGGAUCUCACCCGGCCAGCCCCCGAAAAGCCAGCCCUACACAUGAGGUGGACACUGCUAGUGAAGUUGAGGAGCUUGAUAUUGAUGUUUCUCCGGCGCCGUAUUCAGUCAGUAAAGGAGCAGCGAAACUCCAGGUCUUCAUCGCACGGUAUAGUUACAAUCCCUUUGAUGGUCCUAAUGAUAACCCAGAGGUCGAGUUGCCCCUCACAGCAGGGGAGUACAUUUACGUCUAUGGAGACAUGGAUGAUGAUGGCUUUUAUGAGGGUGAGCUGAUGGAUGGCAGAAGAGGCCUUGUUCCCUCCAACUUUGUGGAGCGUGUGUCGGACGAUGACUUCAUGAGCUCUCACCAUCACCAGGCUGGCGAUAUGUCCCAUAAUUCCUUCCAGGAGAGCAGCUUCCACAGCGGCAGUGAGCGACUGCACCAACACCACUUACGCUUCGCCCACAGCACCUCCGAGAGGACAGAGACCUCCACAACAGCAUCGGCUCCCGGUGAUAAUGCCAAAGCUAACCCCGCUAACCCUGCCCUGGCCGUCCCGCUCAGUAACGGCUUAGACUUGGAUCUAGAGGAGGUUGGGGUGGACACUGUGCCUUACCCCCGCAAGCUAGCGCUAAUCAAGCAGUUAGCCAAGAGUGUCAUCAUCGGCUGGGAGUCUCCACUGGUCCCGGCCGGCUGGGGUACUGUGUCUAGCUAUAAUGUGUACGUGGACCACGAGUUGCGACUCAACGUGCCAUUUGGUACCCAAACGAAGGCUGUUCUGGAAAGGCUAGAUUUGGCACAGAAGGCGUAUCGGAUUGCGGUGCAGUGCCUGACGGAGCGAGGCAACUCUGAUCAGCUGCGUUGCAGUAUGCUGGUUGGACGGGACGUGAGCGUAGCGCCGACUCACCUGCGCAUUGAACGCAUAAUGGCUACCUCGGCCAGCCUAACCUGGCUGCCUAGCAACAGUAACUAUGUGCACAUUGUGUCUUUAAACGACGAGGAGUGUGAGCUGGUAAAGGCGGGAUGCUAUUCACUGUGCCUCAGCAACCUCACACCCAACAUGCAUUACAACGUUAAAGUGGAGGCCAGGCCGCACCGCACAGCCUGGGAACUACCGCCGGAGUGCAGAGAACGCAAAACCGCAGUGACCUCUUUCACAACCCUGUCUGCAGGUCCUCCUGAUGCUCCUCUGGAUGUGCAGUUGGAGCAGGGUCCAUCUCCAGGAAUAGCUCAGAUCAGCUGGCUGCCCGUUACUAUAGAUGCUGCUGGGACGUCCAAUGGCGUACGAGUCACUGGCUACACCAUCUACGCUGACAAGAAGAAGGUAUUAGAGGUGUCGUCACCCACAGCAGGCAGCGCUCUGAUUGGUCCAUCUCAGAUCCAAACAUUACAGGCAGCCCGUGAGCUCACCGUGCGGACCAUGUCAGCUUUUGGUGAGUCGGUGGACUCAAUGCCGGUGAAUGUGCCCGCCAAAUUGCCUGCCAUCAUGUCCGGUGCCUCAUUGCCUCAAUGCCAGUCUGUGCCAGCCACCGCCAGUGUCCUCACGGCCAGUGCCAACCCAGAUCCUGCUGUCUGUGCCACAUCUCUCUCACCUGCCAAAUUGCCCAUUCUGCCACACACUGCUACACUGGACGAACACACCACUGGUCCUGUUCGGGGAUUCUAUGCCAAUAUACCCAAUGCAACCACUCGUGAGGCGUCUCCGUCUCCUGCUUCUUAUGUAGAAGCCUGGGCAAAGCCAACACCAGCUGGACCCAUGCCAGCACAGGAGGCACUGUCACUAUGUACCUCAUGUACUAACUUAACGGUGAGUGUAUCUACACCCAUGGUCGUGCCUGUGCCUGUUGCUACACCAACAUCCAUGGCCAUACCAGCUCCCUUGACCACACCAGGACACAUGCCCACACCAGUGUCCAUGACAGUGACAGGUCCUAUAGUUGUGCCGGCACCUGCCACCAUGCCUGUGCCCAUCUCUGCGCCCAUACCUGCACCUACACCUGCACCUGUUGUUGUACCUGCAUCAGUGCCAGUGCAGUCUAGUGUGGCUCCUGCUGUGCGGAACCCAAGCAGAGAGACAGACAGCCCAGGAGGCCUGCGUCCUGUUGCCUCCCUCUCCGACUUCUUGGAGGACCCUCGUGCCAAACUUCACACACCACCUCCACCCAGUUCCACCUGCCCCAAAGUCAACAUCCCAGGAGAAGACCCUCUUGAUAUCCCAGAUACGCACCCACUGAGACCUCCCAAUCCGUCACCCUUUGAGUCAGAGCCCGAGGAGGACAGGGAAAACACCAGGCUCGUAUCCAUAGAGGAGUUCCUGCGGCCUGUACCUCAACCUCGAAUAAAGGUCUAUGCUGGUGGUCUUAUGGACCCUCCCCCAGACUACCAUGGGGAGAGCAGUCGGUCUGAUCUGUCUGACAUACUUGAAGAAGAGGAGGAAGAUCUGUACUCUGAACCUAUUACUGACGUCUCCAGAGGUUACAGUACAGCUCCUACGUGCAGGUCUGAAAUGUGGGAACCAGACAGCGAUGAAGAAAUUUUGGAGAGAAUUAUAAAGCUCCCCCCUCAAGCCUACCACAAAAAGCAGCUCUUUAGCAUCCCAGAAGUCACUGAAGAAGAAGACAACACUGAAUCUGAACCCCACGCUAGGCCUUCCCCAGGCCGGACUACUUCUGGCAAGGGCCGCCAAAGUGGACAUGAGGGGCGUCGACAUUCCCCCCACCAUCACAAUCAGGCACAUAAAAUGGAAUCAGAUUCACCCGCAGUGAGGUACAAAGGGACUGUGCCAGUCAGGACUAGACCCAGAGUGCACUACGCUGACACAGUGGACACCAUCAACUAUCUGGAUGAGGAAGAGAUGGAGUUGGGCUCUGACAGUAGCCUGUAUGCUGGGCUUAGUUCUGUAAGUGUAGCUGCACGUCGUACACCGCACAAAGCUCAUGGCGACCGACUUAGGAGAGAGGCCUUGCUCCGUAGCCAGAUGACUUCAGGAACAGGGCAGGGACCCCAUUUACUUAGCAAGACCAUACACCGUGUGAAAUCGCCCACUGGACCCUCAACAGAGAUUGAUGUAGAGUAUGGAACCGAUAACGAUGAGGAGCCUCAGCUGUUUGAUCCUGGAGAAGUGGUGUUAGAACAAAUGAGCUCGGAGUGGUGGGUUGAAGGCGGUAACAAUGAGUACCACCACUUGCCCCUGACAUGCAGACCCCAGCCGGAGCUGCCCCCAAGCAGCCGAUCAUGGGAGGCAGGUGGAAGAGAAGCAUCGUUGGCAGAUCCAGGUGCAAUGUGGUGCGAUGUCACUCCAAAAUCGCCACGGUCUGAAAUCAGACUACAUAGAGAGCCCAGAGCAUCUGGGGAAAAUGAGGUGAGGGUAUUUGUUGCCCUCUUCCCAUAUGAUCCUUCAGUCAUGUCCCCCAAUCCUGACGCUGCUGAAGAAGAGCUUCCCUUCAAAGAAGGCCAGAUUAUCAAGGUUUAUGGGGACAAAGAUGCAGAUGGUUUCUUCCGGGGUGAGGCGGGUGGCCGUCGUGGCUAUGUGCCGUGUAAUAUGGUUUCAGAGAUCCAGGUUGAUGAUGAGGAGACCAGAGACCAGCUCCUGAUGCAGGGCUUCCUCUCCACAGAGGCGUCAUUGGAAAAGAUAGACGCCCGCUUACAUGCACAGCUUCCACGCCGUCCCGCUGCACCGCCGAAACCUAGACGCUCCAAGAAAGUGGAGUCAGCUGCGGUGUUGGACGACACGUCCGCUAUGGACUCCUCCAGUCAAGACCUCAGUCGCUCCGCUGGUCCGAUGGGAAGCUCCAGACCUUGCAGGAUGGUGGCCAUCUUUGACUACGACCCGAGAGAGAGCUCUCCCAAUGCAGACAUAGAGGCUGAACUGACCUUCAGCGCGGGCGACGUCAUCUAUGUGUUCGGUGACAUGGACGAUGACGGCUUCUACUAUGGGGAUCUCAAUGGACACAAAGGCCUCGUACCGUCCAACUUCCUGCAAGCUUUUCCAGAGACAGAAGAAGAUGCUGCGCAGACGGAGCACACGGUGACGGAGAGCCGCAGGGAUUCACAGGUGAGCCAGACAGAAUCGUCUGAGCAUCUUGAUCCCUUGAGCUCCUCUCAGCUAGACCCAAAUCCACCGGCUCAGCCAGGACCAAACCCCGAGCCGGACUCAGAUCAGAAACCGACCCUGAGCUCAUCUCCACCCACGACCCCUCCGUUCCCCGACACCUCUCUGCCCGAGAAGAAGAAGAAAGGUUUCUUCUCCAAGGGCAGGAAGCUCUUCAGAAAGCUGGGCUCCAGCAAGAAAGAAUAACUGUGAGCGUGAAGAUCUGCAGAUUGCACUUUUUCUUGUGUGUCGUGUCCGUCCGAUAGGAGAAUCUGUCUCAUUCUCUGAUUUUUGCCAUAAUGAUGCCGAUUUACCAGCGCUUUCGUCUGUCAGACUGUUCCUUCUUUUCAAAAAAGCUAAUAAUCGCAAUACUUGUGCAAGUAGGGAAAUGGGUUUGAACCCAUUAAAGCUGUGACUAGAGCUCAUGCCUGUUUAAAAGCUAUAAAAUACUCAUUUGAAGAGUAAAAAGAUAGCAAAAUAUUCUAAAUAAACGCUUAACUUCAAUAUAACAGCAUCUAGACAUGAAUAACCGUCUGCUAGUGUCACAAACAUCAUCCACUAAAAGACAAAGCACACUUAAAGGAAAUAUGUUGACAUGAUAUUUAAAUGAUAUUAAAAUAAAGCGAAGGAGUGUGACAAAACUAUUUUUUUGUCGCUACAGAAAUAUUUUGCACUACAAGUAGGGUCCAAGACUGCAGAGCUGUGUCCCUUCACCUGUGUUGUGUUAAAGCUCGAGUAAUACAAACCAGUUAGUUAAACCAGUACAGACUGAGCUGAACUCAAAUCGUUACAUAUUCAUUCAUACGCUUUACUGGAGAAAAUCUCAAUUAUCACCGACUGACCGAAAGCUUUUUUAUUAUCUAUAUCACAAUAUUUUCUGCACUUUCAGAUUAUUUAAUCAGUAAUGUUGUUGUAUUCUACUGAAAAUAGGGUUUUAUUAUAUUCUACACACUACUGUGUGGAAGCCUGUUUCUGACACUGAAUAAAAAAAAGGGAAUUGUGACAUCACAACUGCGUUUACAUCUUACAAUUUUGAGUUUUUUUCCUUGCAAUUUUAAGGUAUUAAGUCAGAAUUGCAGUAUGUCAAUUAGAAAUUGCAAGGAAUAACAUCAGAAUUGUGACAUAUACUGUAAACUCACAAAGUGAUUUUUUUUUUUAAACAAUUCUGACUUUUUCCCUUGUAAUUGCAUGUUUAUCUCGCAGUUCUGACUUUUUCUCUCCCAAUUCUGACUUCUUUUCUCAGAAUUGUGAGAUAGAGAGAAAGUGAGAAAGUCUGAAUUACGAAUUUAUAUCACGCAUUUCUGAGAAAAAAAGAUUAGAAUUUUGAGAUAAAAAGUUGCAAUUAUUAUUUUUUUUUAUUGUGGAAAGGGGCUUCAAUACCUCUGUACUCAUUUAGGCAAUCAGUUACAUUCUUAUGUGUUUUUUCCCCUAAUUAAAGAUUAUGCUUGCAUUUGCGCAAAAAACCCACAGCAACAAUACAUAUUUAUUAUCAUUUUCAACUUUAUGAUUUAUGUUGUUUGCAUGCUAAAACAGCAUUUCGAACCGGAAAAUGUUGAUCGUUCUCUGUAAAUGUAAUAUAUUGUGCAUCUGAUGAUGCACUGAAGCUUUUAUUGUUCGUAAUGAACUUCGUAUUUAGUUCUGCCAUGCCUUUUCUCAAACUCAUUGACCUGGAACUCACUUUACAAUAGCGACAUUAAGAAUUCAUGAAACAGAGAAACAUUGACUUCUUUCUGCAUGAGCUCUGUCUUCACUCUUCUUGCUUAGUUCCUAAUUUCUUUUCCUCCGUUUUAGGAGCAUCGUAAUACAGACACAGCUUGUGAGCGUAACACCACACACCCUUUGACUUUACAUUGCAGUAUAAUGCGUUUGUUUUUCUGGCGCCAUCCGCUGGUUCUUGCUCACGUGAAAUCAUUUCUCAGGUCGAAUCGCUGAUCAGUUUCGCGUCUUAAGUCAGCUCUUGCUCUUCUCAGGCGAGACUGUCCAAACCACACAAUCUUGCCAAAGGUUGAGGUGCUCUGCACGUCACCACAGCGACCAAUCACAGAACGCCAGGCGUUUACAGGGGCGGAGCUAGAGCCCAAAUGCCCUCACAGUCAGGAAGUAGGUGAAAGUUUCGACUGUUUCUCGAACUGGCAGAACAGAAUAUACAAAGAAAGUUGUGCUUUAGCAUUAUUGUAAAUUGCAAGUGUCAUCAAACAAGCAUCCUUGAUCAUUUUAUGGGUAGUGAUGCGCUGUACAGCCCCUUAAUAUCAACUAGUCAGGUGAUUUUCCCCUCGCUGCACUAUAUAAUCCAGAAGCAUGCUGUGAUUCCUGCCACGGUGAAGCUGAGGAACGCACAGGCCGCAGAUCUUACCAUCAUAACUUCAUAUCCUAGGCCAUAAUAAAAAAAAACUAGCCUUAUAAGACCUCUUUAGUCUUAACUUCAAGUUUACUACAGCUGUGUUUGUAAUGACUGCAUGCAUGAUGGGUUUCCAUCUAUACUCGGCCUUAUUUAUUCUAUUUAUGUGUUGUAGUAGUUGCACGUAGCUUUGUUGAGCUCGGUGUAUUUUUGUGAUUUGAGGUAUGAUAUUUUCAUACAGCUAGAACGAGACUCUAUUCUAAUGUCUGUCCUGAAGGAUGUUUUUUGUACAUUUUUAUAAUGCAUUUUUUGGAAACUCACCUGUAAAUACGGCUUCUUUUGGUAAAUUAUUUUUCGGGUUUCUUUUGUGCAUGCCGAAACCAUGUUUUUGGAUAGUCACACAGGCUUCUUGCUUUGUGGGGAAAGUCGUAGUGAUUUACUUGAUGUGAAUGACAAGACUUGUUGCAAUAUGUACUUUUUACAGAAAUAAAGUAUAUUUUCACAUAAAAUGAG